CACACCCACCCCACGCCACUACACACACUCUCUCUGUCUUGGGCCGCGACAGAGUGUCUCUGUCUCCCGCCCGGCCCGCGCGAUGCCAGCCUCCUCCUGGUUCCACAAGCUCAGGGGGAGGAGCACAAGGAAGGCCAAGCGAUCGCCCGCGUGUCCGCCGAGUCCGACGCGCGGCUCCUCCGCCGCCGCCUCGCCGGAGUGCACGGACCAACAGACAAGCCAGCAGCGCCGGCCACCCGCGCUUCCACCGGCGGCGUGUGCCGGCUACUCUCCCAACAGAGCCUCCUACUACUUUCCGAGCGCGGACCGGGGAGCGCUCCGGUGCAUCGCCCCGCGCGGCGCCGACGACGACGACGGCGCGGCCUUGGACGUCCGUGUCGACGUCAUCCAUAGCCGCGCCGGCAGGCUCGGCGGCAUAGACGCGCCUCCGGCGACGCCGGAGCUCAACCUUCGGCGCAUCGUCACGAGGCCCGCCGCCAAGAACGACCCCGCGGAAGGCGUCGCCGUUGGCAGCAGCGCCGGCACCCCCACCUCGGCUGCCACGACGCCGACCACCUGCAGGGCGCGGGGGUUCCACGUGAAGCCGGCCGGCAGGCGGCGUCGGCGCGGCCACGACGACAAAAGUGCCCGGAAGGAAAAAACAGCCGAGGACGCGGGCAGCAGGAGACGGCGGUGGCUGUACGAGAGCCUGGUGGUGGUGAAGACAUCGUCGGACCCGGAGAGGGAUAUGGCGGAGAGCAUGGCGGAGAUGGUGGCGGCCAACCGCAUACGGUCAUCGGAGGACCUCGAGGAGCUGCUGGCGUGCUACCUCGCUCUCAACGCCGCCGAGCACCACCGCGCCGUCGUUGCCGCGUUCCGCCGUGUCUGGCUUCACAUCGCCGGCCAAAGAAUGCGCCACCUGCGACACUAAGGCCACAAGCUGCCUGCACCGCAGGCGAACUACUCCUAAUAAUUCCUAAACACCUCUGAAUUCCUUACGAAUCACAAUGCACUUUCGUGUCUCAUGCAUGGAUGAGGAUGCAUCAUGCAUGCAUGGUGUGUGUGCUCAUCAUAAUCAUAUCAUUGACCGGUUGAUCGACUCAUGGUCAUGGUCCAAGUAGGAGUAUAUUCUUGCGAAAUCGUGUUGCGUUCUACUAGACUUGAAGGCUAGUAGGAGUAGCUUGCAUUCUGUCAAGUUGACACAACUUUCUUUCUUUUGCGUCUCUCGAACUUUCAUCGGUUGGUGGUAAUCUCUCUGGUCCUGGCACGGCCUUGUGAGGCUGAAGAAUGGAACAGCACGCCCACGA